UGCAUCUGUAAAAGUUUGUGAGGGUUUUAGGUGACUCGGUGAAACAUAAGAUAUUACAGUUUUUAAUAUCCAGUUGGUAGCAUAGUCUUGAACAGAGCUCAUCCAGUUUAUUCUCCAAUCAUUACAAGUCAGAAUGUUGAAAUGGUGAUAACUUCAUUUUAACUUACUUGACCGGUUGUCUGACGAUUUUGUCCUUAUGUUGGAGGUAAUCUGGGACAAAAUAUCCACAGGGAAGCGUUAUCAACCUGCUGGUCUGUAUAUCGGUUUAUCGCACGUGACAAACACUUGCACAAUAUGGCUGAGCGUAACCAUAGACCGAACGUUGUCCCACGCAAUUAGCUGGCAAAUUUCUCAACCACUUCCAGCUGAUUGCGAGGAAAUGUGCUUUGGUCAACUACGUUUGGUUAAAUUUGGCUAUUGUUUACAUAUUGAGCAUGAUGUGCAAUAUGUCAGAAGAUUGCAAAUUCAAACCACAGAACCUACUGGCGACGCAAAAAGUCGGGUAUACAUUUUCCUGUGGAUACCCCAUCUCCACCCCCUAACAGCAAAACUAACAGCAUGGACAACCGGUAAAGCCAACUUCUUUGAUGAGUAUCAGCUGGAAGGUGUGGCGCCCGACGCUAAUGAGAUCUGCCUAGAGGUGACCCCCGAGAACCUUUCCAGGGCUCUGAGAACCUCUCAGAAUGCCAAGUGUGUGAAGAUCAAACUGACCAAGAAGCACUGUCCUUGUCUCACUCUCGUUGCAGAACUGCCAACACUUUCCAGCGUCAGUCGUGUUGUCACCCAUGACAUCCCGGUGGAUGUGAUACCCAGAAGGCUUUGGCACGACUUCAAAGAGCCCAGAAUGCCAGACUUUGACGUGAGCAUAUAUUUGCCUCCACUGAAAACUAUGAAAAAUGUUGUGGAUCGAAUGAAGAAUCUCUCUAACUUUCUGGUGAUGGAGGCCAACCUGAAUGGAGAGAUGAACCUGAAGAUUGAAACUGACCUGGUGUCUGUCACCACCCACUUCAAAGAUCUGGGAAAUCCUCCCUGGGGUGACGAUGGUUCCCAGGGGCGCAGUCAGAGCAGGGACCCUGAGGUCAUGGCCCACACCCGCGUGGACAUCCGCAAGCUGCAACAGUUCCUCAUGGGCCAGCAGGUCAACCCUAGCAAGGCCAUGUGCAUAACAUAUUUGCCGCACAAGAUCUGCACGCCAUGUAUCUCUUUAGGACCAGGGUCGGUGAAGAUUGGAUUAUACCAUCUGAUGACAGACAGAGAGCCUUGACUGUACCAAUAUUGUCCACAAGAGGAUCAUUCAUUUGAUUCUGCUGCACGAAGACGUUUCUCUGCAAUACUUCAUCCCAGCGGUGGCCUAGCAAGACAAAUGUUGUCUAACACAAAAGUCAGCUGAGAAGGUUUGUUUUCUUCAGGAUCAAAUUGGCCAUGCCUCCUACUGGAGGGCUAGUGUGUAGGCAUGCUUUUGAUUCAACCCCAUUGUAACACACCUCGUUCAGCUAAUCUAGGUACUAAUGAGCCGUAGAAUCAGGUGUGCUAGCUAAGGGUUGGAAAGAAAGCUUGCAGGAGGGUUGCUCUCCAGGAGGAGGGAUGGGCGAUCCUAGACUACACAUUCCAUUCAUUUGAGAAGUUGUGGUUGAUUAAGAUUACAUGAAAACGUGAAAAGCUUGUAAAUCAACACUGCCGUCAUGCACUUCCAAAAGUAUAACUUAUUCUCAGUGGAAGCUCAUGAAUUUCAUCUUUAAAAUGUAAAAGUUGUACUCUUAGACCUCGAACAAAGUUUGUGUAUUAUAGUUUAGUAUUUUAUUUAAUGCGCUUACAAAUCUCAAGGCCUUAAAUGUAUUGUCUAUGUAUGUUGCUACUGUAUUGCUGUACAUAGUUUAAUAAUUCCACUCAAUAUGUAGCUACACGCUCAGCCUUCAUGCAUUGUAUGUACUGUUGAUAAAACAUUUUUUUUGUUAGAA